CUGACAGGCAGCCAGGGAGGGCGCCGUCAGCCAGGGAGACGCUGAGCGGUUUCGCGCAUCCCUCCAUCUCUCUCGUCUCUCUCUGUCUCUCUCUCUCUCCAUCCGUCCACCCAUCAUGGCAUCCAAGUGCCCCAAGUGCGACAAGACUGUUUACUUCGCUGAGAAAGUGUCUUCUUUGGGAAAAGACUGGCACAAAUUCUGUCUGAAAUGUGAGCGUUGCAACAAGACACUGACUCCUGGUGGGCAUGCUGAGCAUGAUGGGAAGCCCUACUGUCACAAACCCUGUUAUGCAACUCUGUUUGGACCAAAAGGUGUGAACAUUGGAGGGGCAGGGUCCUACAUCUAUGAUAAGCCCCAGACUGAAGGACAAGUGCCACCAGGCCCUAUUGAGCAUGUAUCUAAAGUGGAAGAGAAGAAAGUGAGUUCUGCACCCAGGGGACCUAGCAAAGCUUCCAGCAUUACAACCUUCACUGGGGAGCCCAAUGUCUGCCCACGUUGCUCUAAGAAAGUCUAUUUUGCUGAGAAGGUGACUUCACUGGGCAAGGACUGGCACCGCCCUUGCCUACGUUGCGAGCGCUGUGGGAAGACUCUAACUCCUGGAGGCCAUGCUGAGCAUGAUGGCCAGCCUUACUGUCACAAACCAUGCUAUGGGAUCCUCUUUGGACCAAAGGGAGUGAACACUGGUGCAGUUGGAAGCUAUAUCUACGAUAAAGACUCUGAGGCAAAAGACCAACCUUGAGGGUGUUCUCUUCCAACCACCCCACCUGCCCAGCCCACUUGCACUGCAUUCUCUCGACUAACCACCUUGUGUGUUGUUUAGAUAUAGUGAAGCCAGCUGCUGGCUUGGCCCUGUGGGAGCAGUUGAUGAGUAGCUGCACUUGUUUUGCUGUUUCCCCCCUGGACAGGUUGACAUUCUUCCUCCCUCCCUCCAUUUUAUAAUGGCUGUGAAAGCACACACAGAGCUGCUUCACUCCCACGGGUUACUCUUUCUGUUUCGUCCCUUGAGCCCAGUGUAUUCUGGACAAAUGGAUCCGCUGCCCUUGUCUACGAUCCGUUCCUGUCACACCGUGUCCCCAAGACGUCUCACAACCGCCUGCAGCUCUGGCUGUAUUUAUAUCCAUAGUCCCAUCUAUAGUCUUUUCAUUACAUAAGAUUGUAUACCACACCUCAUGGAGUUAUUUUCCCUAGGAGCAAAUCUCAGCAGCAGGCUCUUCCAGGCAUACUAAAUGCCUGUAUUUGUUAGGAAUUUUUUUUGGAAGUUAUGAGUCUUGCUAAUACUAUUCUAGAGUAAGGCCACUGUCAUGACUUGAGUGAGGAGGGAAGGGCAGUUUCUCUGGGCACCUACAGCUUUCUAAUACCAACACAAUGGAAGAACUGUGGAGGCUACUUUCUGGCGGGAAACGUUGUUCUUUGUUGUCACAGUCAAAUAGCCUUCAUUAUGAAAUGUGGGGGGUAGAGAUUUGUAAGGGUGUGGGUGUGGGUCUGCAUCCAAGUGCACCUGCAUUGUGGUGUAGCUUCAGUUACAAAGGAACCAGUUUUGGGGUUUGAUUCCCUACAUGCUUGAGGUGUAUUUAUAACCUGAAUAUAAUGUGCUUGUGGCUUUGGAGAAUGGUGUGUCUUUCCGGUGUUUCCAGCUUUGGCUGCCCUGAGAUGUUAGCCCAAAGGCAAGAGGCACAAUCAGCAGCGAUCAGGAUCUGAGGCAGCACUCGUUAACUAUUUGGCAAAGCUUGCAUCUUAAACUGCAGACCAGCUUCUACAACUCAGCCUACCUUUUUUUCAGUUAAUAAAGGUAUUUGAUAAACAGC